AUUGUAACUUUUUUCUCCUCCCGCAGAGAGCGUGUUCGCCAGCCUUCCGCACAUGGAAAGGGGCGUGGCCAAGGUCCUGGGCGGAGACCCCAAAGGGAACAACUUCCUGUACACCAACGGCAAGAGCGUGAUCAUCAGGAACAUCGAGAACCCAGCGAUCGCAGACGUCUACACCGAGCAUCCUCAUCAGGUUAUCGUGGCCAAAUACUCUCCCAGCGGAUUCUACAUCGCGUCGGGCGAUGUGUCGGGGAAGAUCCGUAUCUGGGACACGACGCAGAAGGAGCACCUGCUGAAGUACGAGUACCAGCCCUUCGGAGGGAAGAUCAAGGACAUCGCCUGGACCGAGGACAGCAAGAGGAUCGCCGUGGUGGGGGAGGGGCGAGAGAAGUUCGGCGCGGUUUUCCUCUGGGAUUCGGGCUCGUCGGUCGGAGAGAUCGUGGGUCACAGUAAGAUCAUCAACAGCGUGGACAUCAAGCAGACGCGGCCGUAUCGUCUGGUGACCGGCAGCGACGACAACUGCACCACUUUCCUCGAGGGGCCUCCUUUCAAGUUCAAAUGCACCAUUAGCGAUCACAGUCGCUUCGUGAACUGCGUGCGGUUUUCUCCGGACGGGAAUCGUUACGCUUCGGCCGGAGCCGACGGACAGAUUUUCCUGUAUGAUGGUAAAACUGGAGAGAAGCUGGGCUCUCUGGGAGGAGAGAAGGCUCACGAUGGAGGCAUUUACGCUGUCAGCUGGAGUCCUGACAGCACGCAGCUGAUCUCGGCGUCAGGUGAUAAGACGGUCAGACUGUGGGAUGUGGGCAGCGGCGUGGCUGUCUCCACCUUUAACCUGGGCUCAGAUGUUCAGGACCAGCAGCUGGGCUGCUUGUGGCAGAAGAACCACCUGCUCAGUGUCUCUCUGUCUGGAUACAUCAACUACCUGGACAGGAGCAACCCGGACCGGCCGCUGCGCACCAUCAAGGGACACACCAAAUCCAUCCAGUGUCUGACGGUCCAUAAGGCGGACGGCCGAUCCAGCAUCUACUCAGCCAGCCACGACGGACACAUUAAUUACUGGGACUCUGAGAGCGGCGAGAACGAGGAGUUUGUGGGUAAAGGACACUCAAACCUGGUGUCCAGGAUGACUGUGGACGAGUCCGGACGUCUGGUGACCUGCAGCAUGGACGACACGGUCCGCUACACCGACCUGAGCAAGAGAGAGUACAGGUGAGCCUCACACACACACACCUGUUACCA